CACAAUUGCUCGCAGUGAUGCACAAUUGAAUUCGUUAAUUUCCGAAAACAAGCGGAAUUUGCCGAUCGACUCCUUUGUCGAUUGUCGCAAAAACGCCAUGACUGAAAGUUGCGACAAAGCUCGGAUUUCCUCUACGGCACCUUCACCUCUCAAUCUUGACUUAGCCAGUGACAGUGAAGAUGUCCAUUACUGUAAGAGAUGUAAGCAGGAGUUUACAAGUCUCCAUUUCUACCUUGAACACAAGAUUCAGCAUGACAAUUUUAAGGUGAUAUAUGCAAGAUCUACGUAUGACCGUCGUGUGAUCGUUCCAAAACUAGUCCCAAAAGAAAGCAAGGUCAGUAAUCAACCAUCUACGAACCAAAACAUUGAUGGUAAAGAAAAUCAACAGAAACUUCCCAGAAGAGGUGGUCGAGGACGACAAAAGGUCCCAGAUGUUGAUGAAAAGUUAAUAACAGAGAAAACUACAUAUACGUGUGACAAGUGUGAUAAAACAUUUCAUAGAGAAGCUGCUCUACGUCGUCAUGUCAAAUACGACCACACAAACAGUGAUGAUAACGAAGAGGAGGAAGAAGAGGUGGCGGAAGUGGAGGAUGGAGAAAAAGACAAGCAAACUGAAAAAGAAGACGUAGAAAACAAGGAUGAGAAUCCAGAGAAAGUUGCUGUUGAAGAUGUUGAACUCGAUUAUAAAUCUGCAGAAAUACCUGCUGAGGGUAAACCAACUCGACCAUACACCUGCCAAAUUUGCCAACGCAGCUUCAAAAAGAUUAUUGUUUUGAGAACACACAUGUUAACACAUUCUGACAAGAGAGAGCAUCAUUGCUUUUUUGAAGGUUGCACUUAUGCUUUCAAGACCAAAGGAUCCCUUAUACGUCAUAUGAGGAGACAUACAGGAGAACGGCCUUACACUUGUAAUAUGUGCAAGCGAAGCUUUACUGAAUCUGGUGCUCUCAGCAGGCAUCUGAAAUCAAGAACUCCAUGUACAGCUAAGAGGGAUUCUGAUUUACCAUGUUAUGGUCAACGCUGGAACUUUAUUGCAAAUUUUCCAUCUACAAUGGGAAAAAUUCAAAAUACAAAUGAAAAUACAAAUUUACAAACUCCUGAUAUAACUAAUUCUGAGGAAGAAGCUUUUGUUGAACAGUCUCAGACUGAUACUGUAUUGCCUAUGGAUGAUUCUGUCUGUGAAGCUGGUGACUCAGAAACUACCACAGAAACAUCUCAAGAUAAUGAUAAAUUAUCUCCAGUAAUGGUAGAAAAGAUUGAUCUUCUUAAAACAACUCAGUGUUGGGUAUGUUGUGAAGAUUUCUCCUGUGUUAAUUCACUUCGGGUACAUUUACGGACUCAUCUUGCAGACAUGCCAUUCCGAUGUGGUCUUUGUCAUUUUGUUGCUGAGAAGCGCCAAGAACUGGGUCGACACAUGCUUUCCCAGCAUAAAAUUGAACUGAAGGGUCCAGAAGAAUCUCUAACGUCUUGUUCAGCUAUUCUUGAUAAUGAGGGUCCUGUACAAGAAAAGGAAGAGUCUAGCAUAAGUGUAAUAUGUCGAAAUGCGCGAAUAGCUGUCAACCAACUGCUGAAGCUGAAAAAGGAAUUAGAGCCAAAUGCUGCAGAUGAGGAGGAGGCAAAGGUAUUUGCACCUGCCGAAAUUCAAGGUGGUCGACCAGUAUAUAAAUGUCAUGUCUGUAUGCGUUCAUUCCGUGGAAGUGCAUAUUUGCGAUUUCAUCUUAGAAGCCACACAGGUGAGAGACCUUUCAAGUGUAACGAAUGUGGCAAAGCGUUCACUACGAAAGACAUGUUAAACAAACACGUUAGCACUCACUCUGAGGAACGUAACUUUAAAUGUGGAGAAUGUGGCAAGUUAUUCAAGCGAAUUUCCCAUGUACAAGAACAUCUCAAAAUCCACAGCACGAUGCGUCCUUAUACAUGUUCUGUGUGUGAUAAAUCUUUCAAAACAUCUAAUGCAUUGAAAGUACAUCUUCGAAUCCAUACUGAUGUUCUUCCUUAUGAGUGUCAGUUCUGUCAGCGCCACUUCCGUGAGAAAGGCUCUUUACAAAGACAUGUGCGAAUGCACACUGGGGAACGUCCAUUUCAGUGUAAAUUCUGCAAUCGAAGUUUUGCUGAGCAUGGUACUCUGAACCGACAUCUCAAAGCCAAAGUUCCUUGUAUUCGGUUAGCCAAAUACAAAGAUGUUACGGAUGGUACUUAUCCAACAGUAUUAGCAGAAUUUUCAUCUGUUGUAGCUGAUACUCAGCAGUAUAUUGUAUCCGAGAGGGAAGAAAAGAACGAUUCUGAACUGGAGACUGCUGAAUAUGUAGUGCUGCAUACAAAUUUAUCAUCAGAUGAAAUUAUUCAGAAUGUAGAAAUCAGUGCCAAUGCGCAUGAUGUGCAGCACUCAAUGUUGGAAGCCACAGGGUCUGAGGAAACUGCAUCGUACAUAGUAGUGAGCACAGGUUCGCAAGAAAACAACCUGGACAUGCUUGACAUCCAAGCUGUGGAGAGUUUAAUUCUGCCUGCUGAAGAGCAGGUUGUCCAGCAGUCGGACAUUGAAGUGAGUGUUGUUAACGAGGAGAACGAACAGAUUGUUGAGACGAACGGUGACUGCAGUGGAGAGCAUCACGUCAGCGAUAUUGUCAAUAACAACGAUAGCAUUGUAGAUAACAAUGAGAACAUUGAUCAGAGCAAUGACAUUAAUACGGUUGAGGAUUUACAAACGGUAACACUAGUUCAACAGGCCAUUCCUACUGAGAACAAUGAAAUCCAUGCUAUUGCAGUGGCCCCACAAGAGGAAAACACUGUAUGUGUUUCAACAUCAGACACCAUUCACCAGGCUGUUAUAACGGUUGACAUGGUAGAUUCCUGUGGUCAGGAACAAACUCUAGACAUAUCUACUGAUAUGAUGGCUACUUGCAGCCACGAACAAUCCCUCGACAUAGCUGCCGAUAUGAUGGAUCCUUGUAACCAGGAACAAUCUCUUGACAUAUCUUCUAUCCAAGAAGUGAGUGCCAUGGAUGUGGAUGAAAGCUGACAUUAAAAAUAUUAUUGUGUGUAUAUGUGACUGUUAAUGCUGGAAGAUUCGUCUGACUUCCUGCAGAACUGUUAUGAGAUCUUUCUAUUCACUUGUAUGAAAGAAAGAAAGAAAAGCAAAAAGAAGUCUGGGCAAAUAUAUUUUUAUCAGGAAAAAAACUAAAUAUGAAGAGUAUAUUCUUCCCGUGUCAU